GUCACUGCCCGCGCCGGUCUGGCUUGAGUUUGGGACCACCCGCCGUCCGUCUGGCGUUGCCUUCCGGGUUGUGGUGGCCCCGGAUCCGGCGUCAGGGCGACCGGGCGGACAAGGUGGAUCUAGAGUUGGUCAGGCGGGUUGGUCAAGGGCGCGGGGCCGGGCACGGCGUUGGGAGUGCGCGGCAGGGGCCGGCCAGGCGGGCUGCAGGCACCUCAGGGCCCGGCACACCCUUCCAACGCCCGCAGGCGCAAUGAAGGCCCUGAUUUUAGUGGGGGGCUAUGGGACGCGGCUACGGCCGCUGACGCUGAGCACCCCGAAGCCACUGGUGGACUUCUGCAAUAAGCCCAUCUUGCUGCACCAAGUGGAGGCGCUGGCCGCGGCAGGCGUGGACCACGUGAUCCUGGCCGUGAGCUACAUGUCGCAGGUGCUGGAGAAGGAAAUGAAGGCACAGGAGCAGAGGCUGGGAAUCCGAAUCUCCAUGUCCCAUGAAGAGGAGCCUUUGGGGACAGCUGGGCCCCUGGCACUGGCCCGUGACCUACUCUCCGAGACUGCAGACCCUUUCUUCGUCCUCAACAGUGAUGUGAUCUGCGAUUUCCCCUUCCAAGCCAUGGUGCAGUUCCACCGGCACCAUGGCCAGGAGGGCUCCAUCCUGGUGACCAAGGUGGAGGAACCCUCCAAGUAUGGUGUUGUGGUGUGUGAGGCUGACACAGGCCGCAUUCACCGGUUCGUGGAGAAGCCGCAGGUGUUUGUGUCCAAUAAGAUCAAUGCAGGCAUGUACAUCCUGAGCCCUGCGGUGCUGCAGCGCAUCCAGCUGCAGCCUACGUCCAUUGAGAAGGAGGUCUUCCCUGUUAUGGCCAAGGAAGGGCAGCUAUAUGCCAUGGAGUUGCAGGGCUUCUGGAUGGACAUUGGGCAGCCCAAGGACUUCCUCACUGGCAUGUGCCUCUUCCUGCAGUCACUGAGGCAGAAGCAGCCUGAGCGGCUGUGCUCAGGCCCUGGCAUUGUGGGCAACGUGCUGGUGGAUCCAAGUGCUCGCAUCGGCCAGAACUGCAGCAUUGGCCCCAACGUAAGCCUAGGACCUGGUGUGGUGGUGGAGGAUGGUGUAUGUAUCCGGCGGUGUACGGUGCUGCGGGAUGCCCGUAUCCGCUCCCACUCCUGGCUUGAGUCCUGCAUUGUGGGCUGGCGCUGCCGCGUGGGCCAGUGGGUAAGCCUGUGGACUGGGCUAUGUGGGGAGAGGGGCGGGAGAAGGGCGGGAGAAGGGCAGGAGAAGGGUGGGGAAUGUGCCCGCAUCCCUGACAGGGCCUAUCCUCUCCUGGAGGUUCGCAUGGAGAAUGUGACAGUGCUGGGUGAGGACGUCAUAGUUAAUGACGAGCUCUACCUCAACGGAGCCAGCGUGCUACCCCACAAGUCUAUUGGCGAGUCAGUGCCAGAGCCUCGUAUCAUCAUGUAAGGGGAUACAGCGGGGCUGGCCGAGCCCCGGUUUUCCCAUCGGCAAGGGGAGUGCUGGCCUGACACAUCGGAAGACCCUGGACUUUUGUCUGAGGGGCAUUGGAUGAAGCUGAAGCUGUUGGACACCUGCCUUCUCAUGUGGACAUCAUCUGGCAGGAUCUCUGCCAGGCACACCCAACAAACCCCACUCCCUCAAGAAGGGCCAGGGCCAGGGCUGUAUGGAAUAAUAAUUUAAUGCUCACUGUG